AUGAAUCUUCUUGUUUUCCUUCUCUUACAGUCGUGGCUUCAUCAUUUUCCCCAACAUGUCCAAGCUGCUUCUUACUUCACUUGUCAGAAUGAUAGAAACUACACUUCUGGAAGUCCAUAUCAGCUGAACCUAAACCUGACCUUCAAUUCCUUAGCUGCUAGUGCCUCGGUUGAUGACUACUUCACUGCUUCCUUUGGCUCGGGCGCAGAUCAAGUCUACGGUCUCAUACAGUGUACAGGUUAUACUCCCAAGGAUGCCCGCCAAGCUAGUGCCACAAACAUGGCCACUCAGAUCAUCCAACUCUGCCCUACCCAGAAGCAAGGCUCCAUGUACAACGAGAAGUGUUCAUUGCAGUACUCGGACAGGAAUUUCUUCUCAGAUCUAGACAGCACCCCACGUUUCUCUGUAUGGAACCGCGUCAAGGCCAAAGAUCCUGUUCUUCUGAGGACCAAAUUGGAAGCUUUGCUCAAUUUUCUGACACCUUAUGCUGCAGAAAGUGGUGUCAGGGUAGCUUCUGGGGAUUCUGCAUACACCACAGCUAUGAAAAUCUAUGCUAUGGUACAAUGCUCUAAAGGAAUUUCGGGAAGUGACUGCUCGACUUGUCUUCAGAAUCUUACCAGGAAGUGCUUGCUUUUGCUGGACGAAGGAGAAGCUGGAUUUUUAUUUGCUCCAAGUUGUAAUCUGCGGUAUGAUAAUUUUCUAUUCUAUCCAGUUUUGUCUUCUUUUCAACCUGGACUACAUCAACCUCCACCUCCCUCAUUGCUUGGAGAGAAAAACCAGUCUACGAAUCAUGUGGAAACCUCUAAGAUCAUUGUUAUCCUGGUGAUGGCUGCAGCUCUUGCUUUGAUGAUUAUGGCUUCUACCUACAGUUUCUUGCAUUGGAAGAAUCGCACAAGGAGGGGAGUCGUUGGUGAUAACAACAGAAGUUUGGAGUCACUUUUGAUUGAAUUCGAUAAACUCAGAGAAGCAACAAACAACUUUGCAGAUGAUAACCAGCUUGGACAAGGUGGAUUUGGUCUAGUUUAUAAGGGGAAAAUGAUGGAUGGCCAAGAGAUAGCUGUGAAAAGGCUUUCAACUAGUUCCAAGCAAGGGCUACAAGAGCUCCAAACAGAAGUCAUGCUGGUUGCAAAAAUUCUACAUCAGAAUCUGGUGAAGCUGCUGGGAUUCUGCAUAGAUGAAGAAGAGAAGUUGCUUGUCUAUGAGUACCUUCCUAAUGGGAGCCUGGACAAAUUUCUGUUUGAUCAGAAUAGAAGACUGAAACUGAAUUGGGAAAUGAGGUACAAUAUCAUUGUUGGGAUUGCUAGAGGACUUCUAUACUUGCAUGAAGAGUGCCCGCUAAAGAUCAUUCACCGCGAUAUGAAAGCCAGCAACAUUUUGUUAGACGAGUCCAUGAUGCCUAAGAUUUCUGAUUUCGGACUGGCAAGACUGUUUCCUGGAACUGAAAAUCAUUGCAUUACAAAUAGGAUCGUAGGGACAUAUGGCUACAUGGCACCAGAGUAUGCAGUAAGAGGUCGGUACUCGACUAAAUCGGAUGUAUUUAGCUUUGGAAUUCUAGUUCUGGAGAUCAUAACAGGUACAAAAAACUCCAGUUUUCAAGACUCCAGGAAUCUUCAAAGUUAUGCGUGGAAGCAUUGGGUCAAUGGUACAGCUUUGAAGAUUGUGGACUCAACCUUGGGAGAAGAAUUUAAGAAAGAUGAGGUUCUGAAGUGCAUCAACAUCGGACUGCUGUGUGUUCAAGAAGCUGCAGAGAAGAGACCAACAAUGUCUGAUAUCAUAUUGAAGCUUGGAAGCUACACUAAGCGUGGUGGAUCACCUUUACUAACUGGUUUCUCAAUCACAGCUGCUCCAGAUUUGUUCAAGCAAGAUUCCGAUUCCACGACGAUAUCUAUCCGAGAUAACUCCGAUCAACCCUUCAGUACUCAUUCAAAGGGAAGAACACUGCGUGAGUUAACAGUUAGUGUUUGA